AUGUCAGUGUGGGGUCUCAUCUGCUGCUCAUUCAAGCGGCAACGCUUGCGUGAGAACUACACCUUCUGGAGUCAGAAGCAGAGAGACCUCGCAAUCGCCGAGAUUCACGCCAGACAGUUUCGCAUCCAAGUGACUUCACUUAAAGGUUGCGAUCUCAGCAUGACAUGGUCGCAGGUGUACGCGAGUAUCGUAGCCGUCAUCUCGGUGCUGACAGCAGUCCUCGUCUCCGAGAUGUGCGGGGUUGGCUCACCGGACACUGAGGACCUCAAGACGUGGUCGGAGGCCGUCAAGAAUCACACGAUACUGCUGCAGUACAAGGAAGAUGGAGGCUUCGCUUUCACCUCUUCCCAGCCAUGCACAGCGAGUGCCAACACCCCCAAGCUGAUCUGCUCGCUGUUGGCUGCUGUGAGCAUCAUGUUGCUGCUCGCCUACUAUCAGCUUGAAGGGCGUCUAGACCAUCUCAUAGGCUCCAACUGGAGAGCCGAGCGAAAAACCAUGUCAAGCUACCUCAAAUCCAUCUUUGGGUGGACUACUGAAAGCAAGCGAUUUCAGUUCCUCACCAACUGCUACAUCUUCCAAGUUGGCUUUUUCACUCGAGACUUCAGAACAGAGAGCCUCCUUUGCGGUAUUUGUUUCAUCAAGCUCUAUCACAUCUUUCGUUUGUACCGCCUGUUUACAUUCAGACAACAGUAUAACAAGGGGAUCAUAAUCUCGUCUAAGAUCCUCGGAGUCGACUUGACAAGAAACGAAAUCCCGAACUCGGCAAAGUUUACCAUGAAGUUCGCGAUCAUGAAGCUCCCAGGGAUCACGGCGCUGCUUUUCUUCGUCAUGUACAUCUGCGUGGUCUCCUACCUGCUUCGACUCGCAGAGGCUCCAUUUCAAAAAGACCUCUACAUCAACAUCUGGAACCCAAUGACGUUCGGUGUUGGGUACGGGGACUCAACACCCAUCACUCUGCUGGGGAGGACUAUCAUAUCGUUUGCAAUAGCUUAUUCUAUACUCUACUUGUCAACUGUAACAGCCAUCUUCUGCGACGCUGGUCUGCUGAUCUUUCCCGGAGGUGGCUGUCUAGUCUUGACGGUCGUUAUGUGGUCAGUUGAGUUCAACAACAAGGAGAAGAGGAUCUUUCUUAAGAUGGAAGAGGAGCAGUGGGAGUUUGAGAACGCGAAAGCAGCUGCAAUCGUGAUCCAGCGAUUAUGGCGAGGACAGGACCCAAAAGUAAAAGCCAAGGCCUUCAUGCUCCAACGAAGCAAGUAUCGCAAAUGGAGGGAGAGGAUGUACGGAGAAAAAUGUUACAAUUACUUGAGAUCUGGUGAACACUCGCACGAUGCCCAAGACGAGGAACUCAGGAAGACAAGCAGCAGGCUUGACGAGAUAGAGAGCAUGGCAAGGCUCAGAGAAGAAUCUGCCCAGAAGCUGCAGAGGGUAGCGCACUACCUCCAGUUCAUGCAGACAGCGGUCGGCAAGUGCCAUCAAGCGCACAGCAAGACCUUUCAGCAAGACUUCGAGUCAAGAACAGAAUCUCAGCGCUGGUUUGUAGACAUUCUGACGGCAGACGAGCAAAAGUUGAUCCGCCACAUCAUGACAGUGCACCAAGAGGUUCUUGCAGACGGGUCGAGCAACGAGCUGCAGGAAGAGAAGCUGAAGCUUCUCGUAGACGUGCUCUCCCUGCGGGCCUUCCAUGCUUCGGUAGAGCUCAUUCACGCUGUCCGUCCUAGGCUGGAGCGGCUGGAAGGGAGAGCCGUCGAGGGAAGCAGAAAGAACUUGGCAAGGAUUCGAUGA